GUAACACUGCCGUAAUGCAUUACUGCUUAGUAACAGCACAGUAACUAAUAUAAACAGAUGUAGAUCCCAGAUACUACACUCCUCCCCCAUAGUGUUUAACUCCCAGAGAACAAGGUAAAUAUGUUAGGUAACUACUAAUGCAAUAGAUGAACAAUGCAUUCUUAAACAUCAGCGAAGGGCACAUUUUUGAGGUGCACUUCACUGUCGAAUAGGAUAUCUCCACUCCUCCUGGGCUUCCUGUGGUGGGCCAGGUUCGGGUGGAAGGUCAGGCUCUGUCUCUCCCGUAUGUCCACAGUCAGGAGAAUAGUCCUGGGGGUCGUUAUUGUUCUUGUUCUCUCGGCAUGUCUCUGCUGGGGUGUUGGACCGUAGCAGAUGAUCCACAUGAACGUUGACCUGGCGAUGACCAAUUUGGACUUGGUAAGUUAAAGGUCCUCUGCGUUGCAAGAUCACACCUGAGUUCCACAGGCACUUAGGGUGUGUGAAAUCACGUACCAUCACCCUCUCUUCCUAUUUGAAUUUGUGAGGUACCACCACCCUUGAUCCCCACAGAACACACCCUUGAUCAGUGGACAACUGGUCUUUCUUGUCGAUGGAUGAAGGUUAUCGUCAUUUAUGAAGGUUGGCCAACCGCCUAAUGUUAAGUCCAAGACUUUGGAAAGCACUGGGUCUUUCCUUGUUUCCUCUGCUAUGUCAGAAGCAGAUAUGGGCAGUUCAUCAAUGAGAGAGAUCUGGAAGACUGCUCUAUCAUCUUCACUGUCGGAGUCAGUGUUGCACGGUAGUCUCGAUAGUGCAUCGGCAUUUGCGUGAUCACUGGAUCGUCUGUACUCAAUCUCGUAGUCGUAGACUAACAAUAUCAGAGCCCAACGUUGCAUUCGAAGUGCAGCAAGGGUUGGUAUAGCUGAUUUUGGUCCAAGGAUGGCCAACAGAGGCUUGUGAUCUGUCAGCAGUUGGAACUUCCUUCCGUAGAGGUAUUUGUGAAACUUCUUCACUCCGAAUAUUAUGCUCAGGGCUUCCUUCUCAAUUUGAGCAUAAUUUUUCUCACUUGGUGACAGAGUCCGUGAUGCAAAUGCAAUAGGGUGUUCUUCACCUGACUAUAGAACAUGUGAGAUGACGGCUCCUACUCCGUAUGGAGAUGCAUCACACGCAAGUCUCAGCUUCAUCUCUGUGUUAUAGUGGGCAAGCCACUUGCUCUUUAGCAGACGCUGUUUGCAAGUCUUGAAUGCUUCUUCGCAUUGUGGGGACCAAUUCCACUUUGUAUCGGCCUGCAGCAGUUGGUGAAGCUGAUGCAACAAUGUGGACAAGUUUGCCACAAACUUUCCGUAAUAGUUCAGGAGCCCCAAAAAUGACCUCAGCUCUGAGAUAUUUGUGGGUGCUGGUGUCGUUUACGAUUCCUUCCACCUUGCUGUUGGUUGGGUGCAGGCCUUGUGCAUAAAUCUUGUAUCCGAGAUACUCCACUGAGUCCUGGAGGAACUCACACUUGCUGCGUUUCAUUCUCACUCCGUAUUUCUCCAGUCUUGACAUCACUUUGUCCAGCACUACAAAGUGCUCUCCAAUGGUUGGUGCCGUCCAUGAAGCACACAACAUUGUCUAUACCGUCCAAGAUCAGAUCCAUUGUGUGUUGGAAUAUCGCUGGAGCUGUCGAGAUUCCGUAGGCCAAUCUGAAUAGCCCCUUGUGUGUAUUGAUGGUCAGAUACUGUUCUGACUCCGGAUCCAGCUUCAGUUGCUGAUAAGCGAAUGCCAGGUACAGCUUACUGAAAACCUGCCACCAGCUGGAGUGGCAAACAGAUCUUCAGUGUUUGGUAGUGGAUAUUCCUCUGGUAGUAUGCAGCAAUUUACUGUGACCUUGUAGUCACCGCACAUUCUGACGGUCUUGUCUUUCUUUGGGACUACAACAAUCGGAGCGGCCCAGUCGCUCCUCGCUACUUUCGUUAUUAUGUUAUUCUUCUGUAGCGGUCCAGUUCCUUCUCUACUGCUUCCUUAAGAGCAUAGGGAACCGGACGUGGUUUGUGAAAGAUAGGCUUGAUUCCUUCUUGCACUCUGACUUUUGCUGUGAAGUCUUGUAUUUCACCGUAGCCAUCUUUGAAAAGUUAUUUGUGCUUCUCCAGCAUGUUAGUGAGUGUAGCCUGACUCACUGGUUUGUCAUUUCUGAGACUGAAGAUUUCUCCCCAGUACAACUUGAUCUUUUGUAGCCAGUUUCUGCCUAACAAGGCUGAUUUUUCUCCUUUAACAAUGACAAGCGGUAGCGUCCACUCCUUCCCCUCAUACCGGACUGGUACCUGGAUCUGUCCUAACACAGGAAUAGUGUCACCAGUGUAUGAAGAAAGGCGUAUGGACGCAGGCUGAAGAGGGCACUCUUUCAGUUUUUCUUUGUAGAGUCUCUCUGGAACCAGAGAUACAGACGCUCCGGUGUCCAGCUGCAUUUUUACUGAUUUUCCCGCUAACUCCAUGUUGAGAUAGAUUCCAUCUUUUAGUUGUUGAGCUGUGUACACUGAACAGUUCCAAUACUGUUUCAGUUGUACCUUCCUCUUCUUGUGCUGCAUCUGACACUUUGUGCGCUCUUGCUGUGCGUUUCGAGGCUUUACACACUCUCUGUAAAUGUCCAACCUUUCCACAAUUGUGGCACUUUUCAUUUUGGAAUCGACAUUUACUGUGAUGAUGAUUAUCUCCCCCACAUCUGUAGCAACUUGGCUUAAACCUUUGAGAUGUGGGCUGCUUUGUUCUUGUGUAACCUUGAGGAUGGGACUGAAAAAAGUGUGACUUUUGUGAGCUUUUUUCACCACGUGCAUCACUGACCUUGUGAACACCUUUCUAAUGUUCUGCAUGUCCCGAUAGCUCAAUAGUAUCCCUGUGGGCAAGCUCGAGUCCAAGUGUUAUAUCACAGGCUUUCUUAAAGGUCAGGUCCUUCUCUGACAGAAGACUUCUGUGAUAUGCUUCACCUGUGAGACCACAUACAAACUUGUCUCGAAGAGCAUCAUCAAGAAAUCCUGCAAACCCACAUGUACUUGCCAGCCUUUUCAAAGCAAGGAUGUAGUCAGCCACGGUUUCCCCUUCACUCUGGUGACGUUGGUAAAAUCUGAAACGUUCUGCAAUGAGAAUUGGCUUAGGCUUGAAAUACCUUGAAAGAGUUUCAGUCAGUUCUGCAGUUCAACUCCACUGCUUUCAUUGGUUCAAUGAGACCUUUCAGCAAUCCAUACUCAAUUGGACCCAAAACACUGAGAAAUACGUCUGCUUUCUUUUCAUCUUUGAUUUCAUUUGCAGCCAGCCAACGCUCAAAACGCUCCAAAUAGGAAUCAAAAUCCUCUUUUGUAGCCUCAAACUCUGGUACUUGACCAAUGGUUGCUAUUUUCACAGUUAAUUGUUCAGUUUCACUUUUGCGCCCCGUGGACAUAACCGCAGAAGGUCCUUUGUUGAUCUAUACUCUAGUACCUUAGGACCAUUGCAACAAGGAAUUAAGGUUGCUGAGGGUGUUGCAGUACACCCUGAAAAAUCAGAAUUUGUGAGAUUUUUUUAAAAUAAUCCUCUGAAAAAUAGUGCACUGUGCCUUCGCUAGCUCUGAAUUAGUGGACCGAUAUAGCUGUCUGUAGCAGGGGCAAAAGCAAACGUCUGCAUCCCCCUUCCACGAAACAUUAUCACCACAAAAUUCCCCCUUACAAUCUGGGGUAGUUUCCCACAGCCGUUCCUGUAUUGAUUUGUUCUUGUAGUACUUAGUUCAUGAAAGAGUUCAUCAGCCAGAAGGUCACUUUCACUUUUCAGUAUUUGCAACCUUUAAAUAGCUGUAAUGGAUAUAACCACUGAAGGUAUUUUUUCCUACUUCCUAUACUCUAGUGUUACUAGCACUACAGACUAUUCACCUCCUCUCUUGAAACUAACAAUGGGUUAAAACUGAGCAUAUAAGAAAUUAAUCUCUGUAUUUGUUUUUGUUUAGUCCUCCAUCUCCUUUCUGCUUUAAAUUAGUAUUUUAGGACUUUUUUCUUGAUAAACCCUUUUGUCAAAACGCAUAGUAACUUAGGACCAUUGCAACAAGGAAUUAAGGUUGCUGAGGGUGUUGCAGUACCCCCAGAAAAAUCAGAAUUAGUAAAAAAAAUAGAAAUAAUCCUCUGAAAAAUAGUGCACUGUGCCUUUGCUAGCUCUGAAUUAGUGGACCGAUAUAGCUGUCUGUAGCAGGGGCAAAAGCAAACGUCUGCAUCCCCCUUCCACGAAACAUUAUCACCACAAAAUUCCCCCUUACAAUCUGGGGUAGUUUCCCACAGCCGUUCCUGUAUUGAUUUGUUCUUGUAGUACUUAGGUCAUGAAAGAGUUCAUCAGCCAGAAGGUCACUUUCACUUUUCAGUAUUUGCAACCUUUAAAUAGCUGUAAUGGAUAUAACCACUGAAGGUAUUUUUUCCUACUUCCUAUACUCUAGUGUUACUAGCACUACAGACUAUUCACCUCCUCUCUUGAAACUAACAAUGGGUUAAAACUGAGCAUAUAAGAAAUUAAUCUCUGUAUUUGUUUUUGUUUAGUCCUCCAUCUCCUUUCUGCUUUAAAUUAGUAUUUUAGGACUUUUUUCUUGAUAAACCCUUUUGUCAAAACGCAUAGUAACUUAGGACCAUUGCAACAAGGAAUUAAGGUUGCUGAGGGUGUUGCAGUACCCCCAGAAAAAUCAGAAUUAGUAAAAAAAAUAGAAAUAAUCCUCUGAAAAAUAGUGCACUGUGCCUUUGCUAGCUCUGAAUUAGUGGAUCGAUAUAGCAGUCUGUAGCAGGGGCAAAAGCAAACGUCUGCCUCCCCCUUCCACGAAACAUUAUCACCACAAAAUUCCCCCCCAUGAAUAUAAGGCACUUAGAAUCUGGGGUAGUUUCCCACAGCAGUUCCUGUUAUGAUGGAUUAUUGUAUAACUUCGAUAAUGAAAGAGUUCAUAAGACAGGAGGUCACUUUCACUUUCAGUGUCUGCAGCCUUUAAAUAGCCUGCUGAUUACUGCUUUUGCCAUCAUUGCCAAAUUGGUUUGCAGAGGAUCCUUGACUCUCAGCGAAACUACGAGUAUACCGAUCUUGUGAAGCCACUUGACCAUGGACUCCCCAAUGUGCCUCGUUAAAAACGCUGACGGAGAGCUUUGUGUAGAACCAGAGGCCAUCGACUACCUGAUGGGACUGAAACAGAAAGUCGUAGUUGUGUCUGUGGUCGGGCUGUAUCGCACCGGAAAGUCCUACCUCAUGAACAAGCUGGCUCAGAAGAGAAGUGGUUUUGCCCUUGGAGCCACCAUCCAGUCUAAGACUAAGGGCAUCUGGAUGUGGUGUGUCCCUCAUCCUGAAAAAACAGACCACACCCUCGUGCUGCUGGAUACGGAGGGACUGGGGGACGUGGAGAAGGGGGAUUCUAAGAAUGAUGCCUGGAUCUUCUCGCUGGCCAUUCUGUUAAGCAGUACUCUGGUCUACAACAGUCGAGGGACCAUUGACAAUGAUGCUGUGGAGAAGCUUCAAUAUGUGAACGAGCUGACAGAGAUGAUCAAGGUGAAGUCUUCCACUGACAAUGAGGAGGAAGGAGAGGGCACACAGUUUGUGCAGUUCUUUCCUAAUUUUGUGUGGACCGUCAGAGAUUUCACUCUAAAGCUCGAGAUUGACGGCAGAGAAAUCACUCCAGACCAGUAUCUGGAGAAUUCCCUGCAGCUCAAGAAAGGUACUAGUAAAAAGAUCAAUGACUACAACCUCCCGCGUGAGUGCAUCCGGAACUUCUUCCCCUCACGCAAGUGUUUUGUGUUCCCCUCCCCUACAACUCCUGACAACAUGCACCGACUGGACUCCAUGGACGAGGCUGAGCUUUCUGAACGCUUCAGAGAGGUCGCAGAUACUUUCUGCCGCUUUAUUUUCCAGGAGAGCCGUAUGAAGACUGUUAUAGGGGGACACACAUUGACUGGAGAGAUGCUGGGCCACCUGGUCACCACCUAUGUGGAGACCAUUGCCAAAGGCAAUGUGCCCUGUCUGGAGAAUGCUGUGUUGGCCAUGGCUAAAAUUGAGAACCAGGCUGCUGUGGAUGAGGGCCUGGCGGUGUACCAGAAUGGAAUGGAGGAUGUGAAGGCCUUAUUCCCAGUGGACAUCAAUCAGCUGUCAGAGAACCACCUUCGAUCAGAGACCCAGGCCACACAGGCAUUCAUGAAGCGAUCCUUCAAAGACGACAAUGGGGAAUUCUUGAAAGCUCUUGUGGAGGCCAUUAGCAACCACACCGCCGACCUUUUCAAGCAGAACAAGGAUGCCUCAGAGAAGAAGUGCAAGGCUCUUCUGGAGAAUCUGUCUGCUCAGAUGGAUCAGGGGAUAAAGGAGUACACCAUACCAGGAGGCUAUGGGCUUUACUGCAAUCACCAUGACAACAUAGUGGCACAGUACCGGGCCGAGCCCAACAAAGGAGUCAGGGCUGAGGAGGUUCUGGAGCAGUUCCUGAAGGACAAGAGUGCAGAGUCCAACUCCAUCCUGCAAGCUGACAAACAACUGACUAAAAAAGAGAAAAAAUUCCAAGCUGAGAAGAAGAAAACAGCUGAGCUGGAGCAGGAGAAGGCAGCAUUGAAUGAGCAAAAGGCAGAGAUGGAGUGCACCAUUGAGAACAUUGGCAGGAGCCAGGAGAAGUACUUGAAGGAGAUGAAAGAGAAGAUGGAGGAGGAGAGGAAUCAACAGCAGCAGGAGUUCAACAGGACGCUGGACCGCAGGAUGCAGGAGCAGAAAGAUCUCCUGGAGAAGGGCCAUAAGGAGAAGGCUGAGCUAAUGAGACAAGAGAUCGAGGAGAUUAAGAAGAGGGAUAAAUUGGAAAGGGAGAACAAUGCCCAGAAUCAGAAGGCUAUGCUGGAAUUAUUCAAGCAGCAGGCUGAGGGACAGAAAGAACAGAUGGCAAUGUUAAUUGAGGAGCUCAGGUAUAGACCACAGGCCCCAGCCUGUAACCUCAUGUGAACCACUUUGAUCCUUUGAAUGCCUGACUAUGAAAAGCCAACUGAUUUUGAACAGAGUUUUUGAUUAACUUUUUAAACUCGACCUUACUGUAUCCCACUGUGAUCCACUCCACCUUGAAUUCCUGACUAUGAAAAGUAAAGUGAUAUUGAGUCUUGGAGAGUUGAAGUGUUUGUCUUCUAUAGCCAUUAAUGUUUUUAUCUGAUCCUGCUGGUUAUCUAUGAAGUUUGAUCAUCUUGAAAGUCUAUCUGGCGUUCAUGGCCUCAUGAGCCUGGUUCCUCUUUAGGUUUCUUCCUAGGUUCCUGGUUUCUUCCUAGGUUCCUGCUUUUUUUGUUGUUUAGGGGUUUAGACUGUGUUUCUGUAAAGCACUUUGCGACAACUGCUGAUGUAAAAAGGGCUUUAUUAAAUAUAUUUGCUUGAUUGACCUCUUGUGAACCCUCCAAGCCCUAAACAGUCCACAUACAGAUUGUGAGAAUAUUGGCCAUAUACCACACUCUCUCAGGCCUUAUUGCUUAAAAAUAUAUCACUCUCUCAGGCUGUACUGCUUAAAUAUACCUCUGCUAUUUACAAAUUACAGUAUAAUCAUGAUAAAUCAGCAAUAGGCCUAUUAUUUUUUAUCCAUCUCGCUUUGAGUUCCACAAUCACACCAGAGUGAUUUAAUACUUCCAGCCCCUUUAUUUUUGAGCUACAUACUUUUUAAUUGGAUGUGUCUAUUCCUUCUUCAUCCGCAGAUACCAACCAUUAACCUGUGUGAUUAAUGGGGGCUGAGAUAGAGUGGUGUUUGUUUGACGGAUGCCGAAAACGGUUCUCCUCGCAAAAGAAAUUCUGUAAUGUCCGAACAGUUUGAAGUACAGAAUAUUAUGACCCCAAUAUGAAAAGCUGAGACACUCACAAACACACACAUGUAAGCUACACAAUAAUUGUUAGAAGUUAAGGGGUGCUUCUGCAUAGAAGAUCAUAGGAUAUCCCAGGACAUAGUGUCUAUAAUACUGUAAGCGUUUCUUCUACAUAGAAGAUCAUAGGAAAUCCCAGGACAUAGUGUCUAUAAUACUGCAAGCGUUUCUUCUACAUAGAAGAUCAUAGGAAAUCCCAGGACAUAGUGUCUAUAAUACUGUAAGCGUUUCUUCUACAUAGAAGAUCAUAGGACAUCCCAGGACAUAGUGUCUAUAAUACUGUAAGGGGUGCUUCUACAUAGAAGAUCAUAGGAUAUCCCAGGACAUAGUGUCUAUAAUACUGUAAGGGGUGCUUCUACAUAGAAGAUCAUAGGAUAUCCCAGGACAUAGUGUCUAUAAUACUGUAAUAAUCUCACAUAGUUGCUAUCACAAACUCCAAACUCCACACAGUUGUCACUGACUAGUUGGAUUUUCAUUUUCCACUGAGAAAACAAUUGCUGUACUUACAAAAUUCAUUUAAAUACAGUUUUUGCUUGGCUGACUUUAUUAUUGUAUUGACAUUUGCAAUUCAAGCUUUGAGACGUUAGGACGUUUAUGUUCUACUUGUAGUCCUGGUUGUCCUGAGAAGGAAAAUGUUAAAAACUUCAUUGUGAAGCUCAAUUCAAGAUCCAGCAGAUGAAUGAAACAGUGACGGUCUGUGAUGUUUAUGAGCUUGGCCUUAUUUCUAUUAAAGCAUAUUGGAUGACUGUCA